GGUGUGGUGGCUUCCAUCCACAGCGCUCAUCGUUUCAACGGGAAAAUUGCUGGAAUGAUGUCGACCGAACAAAGUCAACAGCAGCAAAACACAAAGUUAUUCUGGAAACAAUUGAAAACGAAAGGCAAUGAAUUCUUGAAUUCACGCAAACACGCCAAGAACCUGCUGGACAUCAUCAAAUGCUUCGAGGAGUGCAUCAGCAAAGGGCUGAACGUAACGCCAUGUCUGCUAACGCUCGAGGUGAUAUUCACGGAGCUGCUGAAAAGGAGAGAAAUGUACGUCGAAGUGGAGCCGCUCAAGCCAAAAGAUGACAACCCGGAAACAAAAUACCGUGAAUGGCUUCAUGAACGCUACCUAGAAACGCUUCGCCUAAUACUAAGUUGCUUCAAGCUAGAACGUCACACAGAAUCCAAUCAGGCGUUAGUUACAAGUGUUAAGCUCCUGUCAUGUGAAGCGAAACAUCCCCUAGAACACACGCCUUCCGGACAAUAUUACUUUCCAAUAAACCGAUAUCGGAACAUCCUCACCAAACUUCUAUGUGCGGAACAUUCAAAUAGUCACUUGAUCGAUCGGUUCAAAGAGUACGCACAAUAUCUGGACAUUGUCUACCAUGCUUGGAAACUGAUGCCGGGGCUGACGCCAAAGUGUGCCACGGUGCCAAACGACGAGUUUGCACAGAAUUACCUGGAGCUGAUAAAUGCCAUACCAGUCACAAAAGAGUUGCAAGAAGGCAAACGACUUCUGUGUUCAGACGAAUGUGUCACCGACGAAACCUUCGAUUACAAUGCAACGCGAAAAUGUAUUAACAAAGCGUGGAACUGUGUCAUGCUCUGGCAAAUGAAGGAACAAAUUCAUAAACACGUUCUCAUUAUUCUAUUGGAACGGAUCCUACCGCAUUUAGAGAAACCGGUGCUAUUAACAGACUUCCUGAUGGAUUCAUUAGAUUUAGGCGGACCUAUUGGCUUGCUAGCCCUGCAAGGAAUCUUCACAUUAAUUCAAAAACACAAUAUCACCUACCCGGACAUCUACGAGAAACUGUACUCGAUGUUCGAGCCGGAAAUAUUCCACACGAAAUUCAAAGCACGCUUAUUCUACUUAGCUGAUAUUUUUCUAAGUUCAACACAUUUACCUGAAAAUCUAGUCGCUGCAUUUGUGAAACGUUUAGCUCGGUUAAGUUUAGUCGCACCGCCACAGGACAUUGUUAUAAUUUUGCAAUUUAUUGGGAAUCUGAUACUGCGGCAUCCUGGAUUGAAGCGGUUAAUUUGCCAUCCAAGUGGGGGUGAAGUUUCACGAGAUCCAUACAUUAUGGAUGAACGGGAUCCAACCAAGUCAAACGCUUUAGAGAGCUCUCUGUGGGAGGUGGUAGCGCUGCAGAAUCAUGUGUUGCCGUCGGUAGCGACAGCCGCGCGAUUCAUUUCGCAACCACUUCCAGCGACCGAAUGGGAUCUUGCCGACGUUUUAGAAGUUAAAGAAAAUGAUAUAUUCGAUCAGGAGAUCGCCCGGAGAUCGAAACAAUGUGCCCUAGCAAUUGAACGAUCGCAAUCAAUGUUUCUUCCACGUAACGAUAAGAUAAUGCAAUACUGGAAGCUUUAUUAGGAAGAGAAGAAGGAAUUGUUAUAACAAAAGCAGGUAUCAAUCCGCAGUCGUACGCACUAAGUUCCAUAUACAGGCAGAAUUGUAUAAAUUUGGUUCUUCCCGAUUUCCACUUGAAUGUUAAUCUCAUGUCAGUAGGCCUCCAUUUCGUUACCUUGUUUAAUGUGUAAGUUACUACGUUGCUGUUAGCAUCUAAUCGAGCACUUAAGCCAACGUGAAUUCACUUGACACUCGAGUGCGCUUUUGGCUUCAACAUAUCCCACUUUUCUUCCAACUUUGUUCUGUUAUUCAUCUUCAUAUCAUUACCAAGUCAAAUGUAAAACAUUCAUAUACAAAAUACAUUACGAAAGUAAAUACCAAUGCCCACGUUUGUAUUAUUUAGACUCAUUAGGCAUUACGAUACACUCUAAUCGAAAUUUAGAUUACCUGCGUAAGUUUGUUGAUUAGGAACUAGUAUAAAACCAAUUUCAUACCUACACCUGUGAAAAUGUAUAGCGAAACAGUAAUAAGGCCACAUACCAUGUCCCAGUACGUAUAAACGUUCAAUAAGGUACUACCGAUUAGGAGUUCUGUUUCUUUGAAAUAAAAGUUCCCCGUGAAUGAAAUUUAAUGCGCUUUCACUAGAGGCGAGCGAGACGUCUCUCCUUUUUUGCUAGAUAGACGCUCACCAUAGAUAAAUUCUGUAUUAAUACUUUGCUGUGUUUAAUUGCCAUAGAUAAAACUUGCAUAUUGCGUUCAGACUACUCCGACGGAAUAUGUCCUGAAGACCUAGAUGAAAACAAUUAGCUUUCAUUAGUCCAAAUUUUGAAAAAUUACGGAUUUCUAGAAAGUAUUGAAAAAGACUGAUUGAACAAUACGGACGAGGAGCCCGGAUUGGCGUUUGGUGUACAUUUCUAAUUAGAGUAAUGGCGUAAUAAACGGAGGAGGAGAAAGUGUAAUUAUGCACUUGGGUUUGCGGUCCCAAUUCGACGUGAUCUUUAUUCCGAACAAACAGAAAGUAACCAAUGUAAGCGAUCAUGAUUUAUUUUGUUUGAAAAUUUUACAAUAUGUAUUUGUAAUAAUUCCCCAUUGAAAGUGGUUCACAAAUAA